CCUUGGCAGUUACUCACGCGUUUCCUGCCUAUGAGCAAAUGCUCUCUGGAAAAUGCAAAGAUGCUAAUCCAGGACAACAGCGUUGAUGCCAGCCUUGACCUUUGGUCUCGAAGUGACGUUCAAACGUGCACAACUUGGAAAGCUCCCAUUAUCUGGAAGGGGAUGUUUAACCCUGAUCUUUAUGACCAGACCCACAAGAAGGAAGGGUCAUCUGUUGCUCUAACGGUGUUUGCCGUGGGAAGGUACCUGGAUGAAUACCUCAAGACCUUUCUGAAGUCCUCGGAAAAUCACUUUAUGUUGGGUUUGCCCGUGUCAUACUAUGUAUUUACUGACAUGCCAGAGAAGGUGCCACACAUCAAUCUUGGUCCUCAGCGAACCCUGAAAGUGAUCAAAGUGCACAAGCACUCCAGGUGGCAGGACAUCUCAAUGAUGCGAAUGAAGACGAUCACAGAUGUCAUAGAGUCGGAUAUUCGCCACCACUGCACGCAUGUCUUCUGCUUUGAUGUAGAUCAGGUGUUUGUUGGGAGAUUUGGCUCCGAAGCCCUUGGAGAGUCCGUAGCUCUGCUCCAUGCCUACUUCUACCGCUUUCCAAAGAGUUUCUUUUCUUAUGACCGCAACCCAAACUCCAAGGCUUACAUGGAAACUGGGGAUUUCUACUAUCACGCCGCUGUCUUUGGAGGCACAUGGAAAAGUGUAAAAGCUCUGGCUGAGGCCUGCUACCAAAGCAUCAUGGAGGAUAAAAAAAAUAAUGUGGAGGCUUUGUGGCAUGAUGAAAGUCAUCUAAACAAAUACUUGUGGAUGCACAAACCCAGCAGGGUGCUUUCUCCAGAGUACUGCUGGGAUAUCCAAAUUGGCUACCGGAGUGACAUUCAAGUCACCCGACUUCUAUGGGCACCAAAGCAGUAUGAUAAACUACGCACACCUUAG